AUGAAGGGACCGGCGCUGCGCUACGCACAGAUCUUUCUGGUUUCUCUACCCUCCUUCGUUCUGUUCGGGUACAAUCAGUCCGGUGUCGGUGGACUAGAUGACUUCACCUCCUGGAUCCGACAGUUUCCCCAGAUCGACACGGUCAACACAACCGGGGCGCAGGAAAGUCACAAUGCUACCGGGCAGGGUGCCGUAGUAGCAUCCUACACGCUUGGUGCUCUCAUCGGAGCACUGUCCUGCACCGUAGUGGGUGACGUGCUCGGUCGCCGCCGGACGAUCUUCGUGGGCGCCCUGAUAGCUCUGAUCGGCCAGGCCUUGGAGUGCACGGCGUUCGCGCUCUCCCAUUUCGUCGUGGGUCGGGUCAUCCUGGGGGUCGGGGUGGGCAUGCUGAGCGCGACGGUGCCGGUGUGGCAGUCCGAAUGCUCGCCGGCCGCCCAGCGUGGCCGCAACGUGGUGCUGACGGGCAUGUUCAUCGCGCUGGGGUUCGCGCUCACGCAGUGGGUCAACUUCGGCUUCUACCACAUGCAGUCCGCGUCGGCGGCGUGGCGCGUCUCGCUCGCCAUUCCCUCCGUCUUCUCGUUCGUGGUCAUGGGCAGCAUCUUCUUCCUCCCGGAGUCCCCGCGCUGGCUGGUCAUGGCGAACCGCUCGGACGAGGCGCAACGCACGCUCGCCGCUCUGCGCGGCGACGACCCCAACUCCCUGGAGGUCCUCGCCGAGCUGCGCGCUUUUGAGGUUUCCCUCGAAGAGACCGCCGCCCACCGCCACUCGCUCAAGCUGCGCGACAUCUUCACCAUGGGCGAGGAGAAGCUCCUCUACCGGUUUCUGCUCUGUAUCGUCCUCCAGUUCUUCCAGCAGAUGAGCGGCGGCACGCUCAUCUCGGUCUACAUCCCGACCAUCUUCGAGACCGACCUGGGACUGGGCGCCGAUCUUUCCAAGAUUCUCGCUGCCUGCGCCCUGACCUGGAAGUUCCUGUGCUGCUUCGUGGGCUUCGCCAUCAUCGAUCGCAUGGGCCGUCGCGCCGCCUUCAUGGUCAGCGGCGGGGGGAUGUCCUUGUGUAUGCUGGCGUUGGCGGUGUCCAAUUCGUUCGCGAACAAUCAUACGGCGUCGAUCGUCUCGGCGUUUUUCAUUUUCCUCUACAAUCUCUUCUUGCCGGUGGGAUUCCUGGGCGCGAACUUUUUGUAUCCGGCGGAGGUGGCGCCCGCAAGGUUGCGUGUCGCGAUGCAGUCCUUUGCUAUUGCUAAUCAGUGGUUGUGGAUGUUCGUCGUCGCCAUGAUCACCCCCGUUGCCGUCACCGACAUCGGUUACAGAUACUACAUCGUCUACACGGUGAUCGCGGGGGUCAUCCCGCCGGCCAUCUACUUCUUCUACCCCGAAACCAAAAACCGGUCGCUCGAGGAGCUGGAUGAAAUCUUCCGGGAGUCAAGGUCGAUUUUCGAGGUGGUGGUUUGGUCGCGGCGGAAGCCUGUUCGGGAGUCGGUGGUGGAGCGGUAUAUUGAGAAGAUUGAAGGGGAGAAGGCGGGGGUUGAGGAAAUUGAAUAG